AUGUCAUUUUCAUGGCCAUCAAGUUACCUACUAUCACUUUCCAUCCUGACUGCAACUCUCCUAACGACAGAGAACGGUGCCGAUAGAUUGGUGUCGGUGAGGAGGAAGGGCAUAAGGGUGAGGUGGCCCGGCCCGGUGACCUGCUUCCGGUGCGAAACAUACUAUACGGGAUACUGCAGGGAGUCUCCGAGCAGGUGGUGGCCGUGCACAGGAAAUUAUUGCUAUGUACUCAUACUGGACAACUCCCUCAGUAGGUACUGCCACGCAAAAAAAGAAGUUGAAGAGGAAUGCAAGCCGAACACGAAGCUGGUCAUCAAGCCCGGAAAGAAAUUCGCUGCCUGCUGGUGCAACACGAGCUACUGCAACGGUUGUCUGUAA